GAAUUCUUCAAAGUGAUAUGUAUUAGCAUGGGAUAAACUAUUUUGGCCAUCACUAGAUUCAAGAAGCUUUAGUGUUGUGAGAGGAAGGCUUUCCUCUUGAGCAAACAAUUCUUUAAUAUGUGCUAUUUUUCCUAUCUGCCACAGGGAGAAGUUCAUCUAAUGGACAAUUGAGUGGCGAUUUCACUCAACAGAUGUGGUUAUAGUUGAUCGUGGAGUGAAUGAAGAGAGGAACCUCUGCUCUGUAAUUGAGAACCAUCUGAAACCUGGCCCAUGGAUUCACCAGCUAAGACAUUUCUCUAAGGAGCAGCUGGAAAAUCUCAAGUUUUUCCUCUGAAAGUAUCCAAAGGGACCCAAGUCACCUUUUCGUGAAUCAGAUAUGAAGGCCCCAAUAAGGAAACAGUUGGCCAAUAUUGUUAUCGUGGAAUAUCCUGUAAUAUCCUGUAAUUCAUGUUUUUCUCCCUUCACAUAGCUUUGAUUUUGAAGUUGUUAGAGAAAAACAGAGUGUUAAUAGAUCAGAGCUCAAGGAUUCUGGCAGCAAUGAUAAUGGAAGCCCAAAAGGUGUUACCUUUCGCGAGGAGGAAAUUAAAGACGACAACCACAGCGAUCCUCAAGUAUUUGUUAUCUUGAAGCAUGUGAAUUCAAGUCCAAAUCACCAAAUCCACGGUCAGAAUAGGUUUGAGAAAUCAUCAAAUAACUCAGCAGAGGCCUUGUUGGGGAGCACUGCAGCAGGCAAAAGUUUGCAGUCCUGCUCUCAUGCCAAGGAAUCGAUAGAUUUAGAAGACAUGAAAAUCGAUUUUGAUCAAAGUUUAUUAGAUAUAUUCUCAGAUAUCAUGGCAGAAAUAAAUGAUGAUGAUUUUCCUCCUUUGAGAGCUGAAUUUGGCAAGGAACCAGAAAUACAAGAAAAAGGAAACCUUCCAAAUUCGAAAGAAGAUUGCUUUCCUGGAGAGUUGGAGGAAGGAGAGAUUGCAGAUUAGCUGAUUAACUUCUGUUUCCAAAAUGUUUAUUUACAAUCUGCUCUUCUUUCUAUUUACGAAUAUAUUAAAAUUUUCUCGCUAGAAUUUUUUUUACAUGUCAUUAUUUAAUAAACUAAACAUCUUAUG